AUGUUGACCAGGCUCUGGUCAUUAAUUCGGCCAAUUGCUUUAACACCUAUCUCAACAAAAGCUCCCAUAACAGCAAUGUCAACCACAACCAAAUCAGCUCACGAUACAGCUAUCAAUUCAUUCAAUUUAAAUCAUUCUUCAUACGAUAUUUAUCGCCCUUCAUUUACUCCCAUUCUAGUUAAUCCAUUCUUGGUUGAUCUUGAUCUUGCCACUUACAAUAAAGGAGACAAUACAUAUACAUUCGACAAUGAUAAACGUAUAGUUGAAAUUGCAUGCGGUACGGGUAAAUUCACCAAGAACCUAGUUGAUAACGGUUGGUCAAGUAAUUUAUCCGUUGUUGAUCCAUCUCGAGGAAUGUUGCAAACUUUUCGUGAAAAUUUUCCGCAAGUUGAUAGUGUUGUUCAAGCUUCUAGUUACAAUACUCCCUUUGAUGAUAAUUCGAUCGAUGCGGUAAUUAUUGCUCAGGGGUUCCAUUGGUUUGCUGACGAGGAAAGUUUAAAGGAAAUUCAUCGAAUUUUGAAACCAGGUGGAAAAUUGGGUUUAAUUUGGAAUUUCGAUUAUAUUUCACCAUCUCAAGAUUCAGCUGUAUCACAAAGCAAUUAUUAUAAUGCAGGAACGAGAUAUUAUAAUGAUUUAGAUUUGAAAUCCUCUCAAAACAAUCAAGAAUUAUUAGCACAAUAUUUUGCGAACCAAAAGUGGAACGAUGAAGUUACGAAAUACGUGUAUGAUUUUGAUGUCAAAGUACCUCAAUAUAGACAUGGUAAAUGGAGAUCAAUUUUGUUGGCGAAUCCAUUUUUUGAAAAUAAAGUGUUGGAUCUGUUUGCCUUGUAUGAUAAAUUGAUUAACAAAGAUGAUGUUUGGAAAUAUUGGGAAACGAGAAGUUACAUUACUGAUUUACCAAGUGAGAAGAAAGAAGAAGUUAAGGCUCAUAUUGAAGAAACUAUUACGAAAUAUGCAAUUGAUAAGAGUUAUGAUAUAAAAACCAACCGUUUGAUUAAACCCAUGGGAACUCAUACCGUUGUUGUUUCUGUUAAAAAGUAA